AUGGAUAAAAAAAAGUGUGAAACGUGGAAUAAUUUUGAAGUGGUUGAUGGUGAAAAAGCAAAAUGCAAUUUUUGUUCUAAUACUAUUUCUUAUAAAGGGGGUUCUACGGCUAAUUUAACGAGACAUUUAAAACGAAAACACAUAGUUCAAUACGAAGCCAGGAAAAAAAGAUCUAUUGAAAUUCUCGAAAAAAACAUCGAUGAACCUGAUAAUGUUUCCGUAUCCGAACCUUCCCAUUCUAAUUUAACUACUAUUACACCUAUAAUUAAAAAUAAAACAGCUAGCGUUACAAAAACACAAGUAUCCAUAGAUGCGUAUACAUCAAGGUCGAUGCCUAUUUCGAAAUCUAAAAAAAUUGAUGAGCAGUUAGGUAUAAUGAUGGCUAAAGAAUACCAACCGUUUAGUUUGGUUGAAAAUAAAGAAUUUAAAAAAUUUGUAUCAUUAUUAAAUCCAAGCUAUUCUUUGCCAAGUAGAAAAACAAUUACUUAUAAUAUUUUACCUCAAUUAUUAGAAAACACCAGGGAAAAGGUUAAAAGGAGUUUAGAUAAUGCAUCAUAUAUAGCAAUGAGUACGGACGGAUUCUAUUAUUUUGAAUUAUCACAUACAGCAAUCAAUUUAUCGACAUUUUUAAACAAUUGUUUUGAAGAGUGGAGUAUUGUAAAUAAAGUUAAAAUAGCUAUUAGCGAUAACGCUAGUAAUAUUACAGCUGCAAUAAGUUCAAAUAAAAAUUGGAAACACAUUCCUUGUUUAGCGCAUAGCAUUAAUUUGAUAGCCCUAUGUGGGUUAGAAGAAAUUAAAGAAAUACAUAAAAAAGUUAAAAAAAUAGUAGAACAUUUUAAGCGUAGUUCUCAAGCAGCAGCAAAAUUAAAAAACACUCAAAUUCAGAUGAAUUAUCCAGUACUAAAACUGAAACAAGAUGUGAUAACGAGAUGGAACUCGACUUAUGAUAUGUUUAAUAGGUGUUUAGAGACAAAAGAUCCAUUAGUAUCCACUUUGGCUAUGAUUGGUAAUACUGAAAUGUUGACGGCGUCAGAUUUUAAUUUAAUGGAUUAUUAUUGCAAACUUUUUAAGCCUUUUAAAGAAGUUACAAUUGAGUUAAGUUCGGAAAAAGGGGUAUCAAUUUCCAAAGUUAUAGUUCUCACAAAUGCAUUGUUAUCUCACAUAAAAACAAUGAGAACUGAGAAAAACUUACCACUUGAUAUUUAUUCUAUGAUUUUAAAGAUGGAAAAUAAAGCCGAAAACAAAUUUGCCGGUAUGGAAGACGAUUCUACUUUUGCUGAAGCAACUUUAAUUGAUCCACGUUUUAAAAAAAAAGGAUUUAGUAGCGAGACAUAUUAUAUCCGUACUUAUCAAAACGUCGUGCGCAAGAUUUCAAGUAUAAUUAAACGCAAAAGACAAUCUAUUAAUCAAGAAGAAAAUAUAGUUACAGAUGACGAACAAAUCACUAUGUCAACUGAAAAAAAAGAAACCUUUGAGAUAUGGAAAGAAUUUGAUUCACAGGUAAAAGAAGUUACAACAGUGAGAACUGACACUUCCGAUGCAAUUGUGGAAUUAGAUAAAUUUCUUAAUGAGUCUUUAAUCCCAAGGAAAUCAGAUCUUCUUGUAUGGUGGAAAGAAAUGAAACGUAUAUAUCCAAAUAUAUACCAUUUGAUGUUACAAAGAUUGGGAGUGCCAUCAACAUCAGUUCCAUGCGAACGAACGUUUUCUAAAGCGGAUACACACAAACAGACAGGCGUAAUAGACUUUCCAUAA